AGCAUGUAACACAAAAGGCAUUCUUUUGAUUACUCCCGUAUAUGGGCUAUGCUUCGUUUGGGCCAAACGAGCCUUUAUUCUUUAAACACCGCCAUCGCCCCUACAUAUUUCAGAUAAGCACUGCUAUUUGGAAAGCAUUCUUUCUCUGCGUCGAUUCAACUUGGAGAGAAAGCUAGAGAGGGAAGAGGAGGAGAAUGGCUGCUUGCCUUCACGAUCACGACUGCGGAGAUCAAGACUGUUCUUCCAGUUGGUCUCUCUACAAGCAUAUUGAUCUCUCCAAGGUUACUGCUCUGAAUGAGGCUGUCAGAGGAAGUGUGAAGUCAGUUUUCAAACCAUGGGAGCAGCGCCUGAAUUCAUCAGAGGCUUACUUGGAGAGCAACGAGGGUGAUCCUGAGUUGAUUGUCUUCAUCCCAUUUACUUCAGAUGUUAAAAUCAAGAGCAUUGCAAUUGUUGGUGGUGCUGAUGGAAAAAGUCCUUCUAAGAUGAGAGUGUUUGUUAAUAGAGAUGGAAUAGACUUUGAAGAUGCUCAAUCUAUGCAACCAGUUCAGGAGUGGGAUUUGGCAGAAAAUCUUCAUGGCUUUUUAGAGUACCAGACAAGGUAUUCUAAGUUCCAGAGUGUUGGGAAUAUCACCUUGCAUUUCCCUGAAAGUUUUGGUGCAGAUGUUACUCAAAUCCAUUACAUUGGCUUAAAAGGAGAAGCUACACAGAUGAAGAGGGAUGCUGUUGCAAAUAUUGUCUAUGAAGUCAUGCCCAACCCAUCUGAUCACAAGACGCGCGCAGAGAGUGGUGGUGGGCUUUCACAGGUGGAGUAGUGAUGUGUUUGGCUGAUGGCUUAUUGGUAGUUUAGAGAAUAUGAGAAUACCUUAUAUACCCCGGAAGUACUAAGCAAGCAAGGAAGGAAGGUGAUGUGGGGGAUUAUCCAUCCUAUCCAAUUAACCAAACAUGGUGGCGAUCUUUGGUUUUAACCCUAUCAAAACAUGGUAUUAUCCUAUCCAGACAUGCUAAUAUGUAGUUUUAAUACUAUCCAAACAUGCUAAUAUAAAAAAAUAGACAUGCUAGUAUGUAGUUUUAAUCAUAGUUUUCAGAACUUUUCAGAACCGAACCGGUCAAAGCACUGGUUCACUGGUC